AUGAGUACCAAGAAAAACAAACGGAAAUCAACCUCAACCUUCAAAGCGGUCAAAUCUCCACCACCAGUCGAUUUUUUCGAUUUUUCCAAAACCGAAGAGGAAGUUCCCGAACCAAUCAGAAUUCCAAACGCCACUAACGCCGAGCAAAAACUCUAUGAGCUGUGCUGCAAAGCUCGUGGCAAAGGACUGUUUGUUCGAAUUCCACCGUCUCAUCCACGUGCUCGUAAAGUUGCCGAGGAAAUUGAGAAGUACAUCGACAACAUCAAACGAGGAACUUGUAAACCUCUUCCUGGAGGUAAUGCAGCUGCUCUGAAGGCAAUCAAGGAUUUGAAGAUGGCUGAUUAUGAGAGGGGCGACCAACCUGGAUGGGCUCGCAUUAUCUCGAUCCUCCGCGAAGAGUUUCGCAACUACUCUUCUCUCGCCUUCUCGCGUGGUCUCCAGGAGAAAGGAGAGAUCUUUCAGUUCAUUGCUCACUAUCCAAAAUGUGGAUUAAUCCUUCAGAGAGUGAAUGUCGACCGUCCGUAUCGCUAUGACGGUGUCAUCGAUCAGCUUGUGACUUGCACUCAUCCUGUCAAUGCUGUUCAACAAAAGAUGUACGAUAGAGCGCAUAUUCGCACUGUAAGCCUCAAGAACCCAGCUGUGAAGAACUGCAGCGAAUGUGAGGAAAAAGCGGUAAAGGAAGGCACUGAGCGACUUGAUAGGAUGGACAUCAUGCUCGUAAAAGACAGCAACAAAAUGGCGGUCGACAGUACUCUUAACACUUAUCAAUUUGAGAAGUAUUUCAAAAUCUCCGGCAAUUUGCUCUCCGGGACUGGUUCUUUGGAAUAUUCUCAAUCUUACGCUGCUCUUAAAAACAUUCGGGACUUUGAUAAGAAAUCUGUGGAGUUAAGAGAAACCAUGUUCAAGCUUCGCCUCAAACAACAACAACUCACUGCAAGAGUCAAUAUCUAUGGAGAGAAGGAAAUGGCGAAUGAGUGGGAGAAAAUCAAUAGAGAGCUGGAAAAUACCGCAAUGGAGAUUGUCACGAUGACUGCAGACACCGUCAUUGAGAUCAAAAGGCUUGAGGGAGGAUUCGAAGGCUCAUGGGAAUUGAUUCGCGAAAGUUUGGGAACACCAUCGAGGCUCUGCGAUUUUGAUCGUAAGGUUCGUGUUCUUGAAGAGCAAGUGGAGGAGAAGGAUGCAAUCAUUGCUCAACUCCGACACGAGCUUGAAGAAGCAAGAGCGAUGAUUCCAGUGGAGAAGAAUGAAGAUUCGGAUGGUGAGAAGAAGCCAUUCUUCAUUCAGCCAGCCGACAACACUCGUCGUCGUGAAAAAAACAAGAAGAGAAAGAGAAACAAGAAGUCGACCGAUUCUGGAUCGUCCAGCGCCAAGCGCUCACGUCUCUUCUGA